AUGGCGGCGGCGGCGGCGGCGGCGGUGGCCCACAUCGGCCUCAUGGACAGCGCCUACUUCGUCGGCAGGGGCGAGAUCCUCACCUGGAUCAAUGCCACGCUACAGCUCUCCCUCGCCAAGGUCGAGGAGGCGGCGUCGGGGGCAGUGCAGUGCCAGCUGCUCGACAUGGUUCACCCCGGAGUCGUGCCCAUGCACAAGGUCAAUUUCGACGCCAAGACGGAGUACGACAUGAUCCAGAACUACAAGGUCCUACAGGACGUCUUCAACAAGCUGCGGAUCAACAAGAAUAUUGAGGUUAACAGACUUGUUAAAGGACGGCCACUGGACAACUUGGAGUUUCUUCAGUGGUUGAAAAGAUAUUGUGAUGCCGUGAAUGGCGGAAUCAUGAAUGAGAACUACAAUCCUGCAGAAAGAAGGUCUAAGGGUGGGAAAGAGCGUAACCACAAGGCUUCCAACAAGUCAUCCAAAUCACUUCAAGCGAACAGACUGUCUAGUGCUAAUUCAGCAGAUGGAGCUCCCACAACUGAAAAAGUUUGUAUUAGCACUGUUAUGGAAGAUCAUUACAUGGAGCAGAUUCAACAAUUAUCUGAGAAGAUUGCGGAUCUGAAGGUUUCUGUGGACAGCACUGAGAAAGAAAGAGACUUCUACUUCUCAAAGUUGCGUGAUAUUGAGAUACUGUGUCAGAGACCUGAGUUGGAGCAUCUACCGAUGACAAAAGGGAUAAGGAAGAUACUUUAUGCCGCUGAUGCAAAGGAUUCAUCAUUAUCUGAGGCUAACGAAAUAAUCACCAGGUCACCAGGCAUGUUCCCAGAUGAAGCAGAGUGUCAAGCGACACCAAAAUCACCAUACACCUGAAGCUAUAGUGGAGGAUUUUGUGGUUGUCCUACUGUCAACCUGAGUAGCUCGAGAUGUGUAAAUUAGCAGUAGUAAAUAACUUUGGCAUGGACAACUGCUCGUGGCCAGUCGCCUGCAACUGUCUCUACUUGUUGAGUGCUGCAUAUCCGAAGACAUUUCGUCCAGGAACACACGACUUAUUCAUGGAUAACUCCUCGUCCUUGCUACACUGAAAAU